UUAGUUUUUGUUCAAUUGAAUUUAUAGAAAUUGGGCUUUUAUUGUGAAGGGCUGUCAUCGGAAGUCUUUUUUUUCGUUGCUGGUGGUGCAGCAGACCUUGCCGUUUCCUUUUCCUCACUGCAGUUUGUUUGCGCAAUGGUUUCUCUGUUAAAUUCAGUGAAAUGGCAUUGAAUAUGAGUGGAAACGAGCAUUUCACCCGAAGGGAACGAAAGGACGGAGAGGAUAAUGAUAAUGUCGGCUCGAAGCGGAACAAAACCGAAGCCAGCCGGUACUGCACAGUAUUGUAGGAGACUGUUUCUCAGUAACUUCCACUACCUCACAUGCUGGAGUCUUGUUUGGAUCAGCCCAUGGACUCAGUGCAUGAAGUUGUCAAGUAUUUACCUUCACCCCUACCAGCCAAAUACUAUGAUGCCGACACCACUGAGCCAAUCAGCUGUGCUCUUCGAACUCUGGAGGAGCUAUUGUCAUGGAAACGAAGUGAGGCAAACCCCUUUAAUGUGGCAGCAGUCCCUCUGGCACCUCGGGAGCCUCCUCUGACCAGCAGUCAACAUCGGACCUUGGUGUCUCAUGAUAUGAUGGGCGGUUACCUAGAUGACCGGUUUAUCCAGGGGACCGCUGCGGAGGCUCCAUAUGCUUUCUACCACUGGCAGUACAUUGAUAUUUUCAACUAUUUCACACACAACCUGGUGACUAUUCCUCCUGCUGUGUGGACCAACGGAGCACAUAAACACGGAGUCGUUGUUCUUGGGACUUUCAUCACAGAGUGGACUGAUGGAGCUGCGACAUGUGAGUCCUUCCUGAAAGACGAGGAGUCGUACCGGGCGGUGGCUGAUAAACUAGUCCAGAUCAGUCACUGUUAUGGCUUUGAUGGCUGGCUCAUUAAUAUAGAGAACAAGCUCAGUGAAGUUGCGGUGAAGAACACACCUUUGUUUCUGCGCUAUCUGACGGACCAGAUGCACGAGCGAGUGUCUGGCAGCCUGGUCCUGUGGUACGACAGUGUGAUCGAGAACGGGCAUCUGCAGUGGCAAAAUGAACUCAACCAGUACAACAGGAUGUUUUUUGAUGCUUGCGAUGGUUUCUUCACAAACUACAACUGGACAGAGCCGAGCCUGGAGUGGAUGAAGGACUACAGCGGGGUUCAAGGCCGCCAGGCUGACAUCUACAUUGGGGUAGACGUGUUCGCCCGAGGCAAGGUGGUGGGAGGAAUGUUUGAAACAAAUAAGGCACUGGAAAUCAUUCGAAAGCACAACUUUUCUGCAGCUAUUUUUGCUCCAGGCUGGGUGUACGAGGCCCACGAUGACAAGACUGAGUUCCGCGAGAAUCAGGAUAAGUUCUGGACUCUUCUGUCAGACUUCCUGUACGUCCAUCGGCCAGCCGCACCUCUGCCCUUCAUCUCCUCCUUCUGCCAGGGUUUUGGGAAGACUUUCUACUGGAGAGGACAGCAUGAGGAGAAGAGGGGCUGGUUCAACCUGAGCGCCCAGGAGAUCCAGCCCUUGUACUACCACAUGGAGCUGGAGGGCAAGGGCUGGCUGAGGAGCCGCGGCUGCCCAGAGGACGCCUGGAACGGAGGCUGCUCGCUGCUGCUGGAUGGACUCAUCCCGGCCACGCAAACGUCUCCAGUUUGUGCCAAGAUCUUCUCCCUCAAUGUCACUCUGGCUUCCAAGACUCUGGUGACCCUCAUCUACAAGCCAUCUGCUGGGAUCACAGUUACUCUGGAGCUGAAGACAGCAGACGCCAGUCUUUGCACACACACGAACGUCCAGGAUGUCGAAUUUACCAGUGUGUCUCCUGUCGCACUGGAUGAGGGACACCAGUUGGUAAGCCAGUUCUCACAGCUCUGUGGCAACUUGAAUCCAGAUGGUUGGAGCGUCAGGUGUUCGCAGCUGGAGCUUCAAGGCUGUGCUCUCAGAGAAGUUUGUUUGAGCAUCCGGCGUGAUGGGGAGCCUCGGGACACUCCUUUUAGCUGCAGAGUGGGAGAAAUCAUGUUCUUGGACGCAGUCAGUCUUCAGGUUCCCUCUGAACAGGUUCAGGGCUUGUGCAUUUAUGACGUGGUGUGGCUGCGAGGUACUGGCACCUCGCCUGACUCCACCUCCCCCUGUCUACACCUCAAUGCCACUGUGCGCUGGAACUACCCGACGGCACUCGUACGCCACUUCAGGGUGUAUUGGCGACGGCUGAGGGGACCGGAUCCACGAAUCCCCCCAGGUCAGCUGACACUGGUGGGCCGGGCAUAUUCUAAUCUUUAUAGGGUGACGGAGCUGGUAGUGCCAGAGCCACCUGGCUUGUUGGAGCUGGUAGUGGAGCCAGUGAGCAGGAAGGGCUUCCUGGUCCCAGAGAGCCAAUGGGGAAGAAGAAGCCUCAGCUACACAGAGGACCUGCCUCUCCCUGACAGUCUUAGUGACAGCUAUUGAAAACUGUUGGGUGCUACCUCAUGAAUGAAUUGAAUUAUGCUGUCUUGCUUUGUUCCACCCACUUUAACCAAUCCUAAAUUUACUUUUGACCAAAAAUCCUAUUUCGAUGUCCACUUGUUUGCCUUUUCUUGAGCUCUCUUAUUAUAUGGUUUUCAUCAGCUGGGUGAAUCUUAUUCAUAGCAGUAUAGCAUAGCUAAAUAAUUUGCAAUAUGGAUAAAAGCACCUAAAAUAAAAUACUAAGUGGAUCCUAAAGGAUCAGUCAGUGCUCUGGGAAAUACUUUUGUUCUAACCACGAGUUAGAUGAGAAGACUGAUACCACUCUCAAGUCUAUACGGCAAAUAUGAAGCUGCAGCCAGCAGGCUGUUAAGUCGGCUUAGUGUAAAGACUGAAUAUGGGGGGAAACAGCUAUACUGACUCUCUGCAGAAAACAAAAAUCUCCCACCAGCUCGCUAAAUAAUCAGUUAUUUUCCAUUUAUAUGAAACAACCAAGUUGGGGUUUUAGGGGGUAUUUAGGCUUCGCUGUUUCUAACUUCCUGCAGUCUUGGCUGGUUGUCGGCAAUGUGAUGGCAGUGAUACAAAAAAGGGAAUUUUGCACUUGAGUGUACUGAUUUCAAGUUAGACAUUACAUGUUAAUUAGAGAGUGUGGGAGGUGUUGGUAGGCAGAUUUUGUUCCCUUGUUUCCAAUAUUCGGGCUUAACUAAGCUAACUACCUGCCAUCAUAUUUACUGCACUGAUAAGAGGGUUAUAUUCAUCUUUUCAUCUUAGGGUUUAUCGGUGAUGUUUAUUUUAGUUGCCCAGUGGCUCAUAAAUCUACUUGUCCGGUUGUAUUGAUUAGGGGUUAUCAAAUGAUAACAAAGACUCAAGUUCAUUGUCAUCUUUAAUCUUAUCCACCUUGCUCUCAGGCUUGCACAAUACAUAAUUGGAGCUUUGCCCACAUCCUCUAACAUUACCCUCCUAGACUCCUGUCACCAGGACAAUUGAAAUGUCUACUUAUGUUUCAUCUUAUAAAUGUCAUUACAUGCCACCAAUCUGACACACACGUGUACCUCUCAACAGAGAUGGGAAGGAAGCGAGAUUCCUCAGUCUUUUUCAUCAGCUCAGGAAAAAAAGCAAUGUUCAAACAAUGCAAGUGAGUUGCUAGGUUUACCAGCCCGGUCAUUUUACUUGCUCUGGGCAAGUAGGCAAUUGUUGAACCUUGCCUCUAGCUCUUGGCAAAAGGGUGAAGAAGCAUAUUUCCCAAAAUGUUGAACUGUUCUUCUAAUAUUUGAUUGUUUUGUCAAAGCUUUAACUUCUAAGUUCUCUGUGCUGUCAGAGAUGUCACCCCAUAUUAGUGAAUGUAACAUUAUGAGAUGAUCCGGUUCUCCUUUUAAAUGAUAAAAUAUAAGAUUGUUGUUAAACUAGUACCUGAAUUGCCAGAUGAAAUACAUCAAGAGCAUAAGACUUGAACUGUGGACUCAGACCAGAUGGACUCAUGUAACAUCUCAGGUCUCUCAACAGUGUAAUGCUGUCUUUGAUUUUUAGUACAUUUUUCAUUAUGCUGUGUAUGCUGUCCCUUUCCUUGUUGUCAUGCAAUUGUGCUCAAGAAAGGCUGUAAUAUCAAGGAAUACACUCCUAUUGGUUGAUCAUCUGUGUAGGCAGAACAGGCUUAUAUUGAUUUAGCAAUUACCUCUACUAAAUAUACAAAAUAUAUAUUGUUACUCUCUUCUCAUUCAAAUCAUUACAUGAAGAUUUGGUUUAUACCUCAUGUGGUGCUAACCUCAAUGAUCCACAAAUAUGCUUUAUGAGCCAUGUUAGUCAUAUGUAUGCAACACAAAAAUAUUAGAUGAAGUGAGCAACAUUUUCCGCAGUGUCCACAAUUUAUUACUAGAGUACAUGUUGGUUCUUGUUGAUUUAAGAAGAAAGUUGUACAAUUGCAGUACAAUUCUCAAAACUCUUAGAAUUUGAAAUGUAAUGAGCUCAGUUGCUCUGCCACAUCAUCAUAAUACACUGAUCACAUGAUCAUCAGGAGUUUCUUUGCCCUCUGCCAUUCUGUACUCGUAUACAGAAUUCAUACGUCCAGAUCCAGUUCACACAUUUCAGGUCAACUUGGUCAAACCAGGUGCAUUAAGGGAAAUCGAGUCAACGCUUAAUAAAUUUUUUUAUUUGA